GGUCCCUGUAAAGAUGUCUGAGCAGGCGGGGAGGGAGCGGAGCGGAGGACCCGAAACAAACGGACAGAACCCGCGACUCUCCGCAAUUUAACCAGUCAAGGCAGAUGAUGUUGUUCUGACAAGCAGCUGAGAUGUCCAAUAACAGCCAGGGAUUGGUGAAAGGGGAGGCGGCCGUCGUGGUUCCGCCUCCAUCUGGCUCCGUCUCCUCUCAGGACCCGCCCCUUUCUCCAUCGUCCACCUCCAAACCACCUGAGCUUCCAGAUGAACUCGUCCAGGCUGGAUGGGCUAAGUGCUGGUCUCGGAGGGAGAACCGACCAUAUUAUUUCAACAGAUUUACCAAUCAGAGCCUGUGGGAGGUCCCAGUGCUGGGUCAGCAUGAUGUCAUUUCUGAUCCUUUAGGCCUGAACGCUGCUCCUACCGAGGGCGGCGACAUCAACGUAGGGAAUGGUCAGAGGAAGAGGAGGAUCUCUGAGGAGCAGGGGCCGGGACCUAAGAGAGUGAAGGUGGAGCCGACCACCCCCAUCUCUCCCAGCACCCCGGGGGUUAAACCCUGGAACUCUGCUUCUGAGGAAAAGCCGGCCCAACCAGCCACACCCACAGCUCCAAGCCCCGCCCCCGCGGUAUACAGGCCAGCCGUUAUCUACUGGGAUCUAGACUUGCAGACCAACGCAGUAGUCAAAGAGCAUCCCCCCGACAACCACCUGCUACCCCCCCACCCCGAGAUCGAGCUGCAGAGAGCUCAGCUUGUCACCAAACUUCGGCAACACUACCACGAACUGUGUCACCAGAGAGAAGGUAUUGAUCCGCCCCGGGAGUCCUUCAACCGCUGGCUACUGGAGAGGAAAGUGAUCGACAAGGGUCACGACCCCUUACUGCCGAGCGACUGCGAGCCCGUUGUCUCCCCGUCCAUGUUCAGAGAGAUCAUGAACGACAUCCCCAUCAGGUUGGCACGUAUCAAGUACAAAGAGGAGGCCAGGAAGCUGCUGUUUAAAUAUGCUGAAGCUGCCAAGAGGAUGAUUGACUCCCGGAAUGCGAGUCCAGACAGGAGGAAGGUGGUUAAGUGGAACGCUGAAGACACCAUGAACUGGCUGCGCCGAGAUCACUCUGCCAGCAAGGAGGACUACAUGGACCGUCUGGAGCACCUGAGACAGCAGUGUGGUCCUCACCUCACCGCCGUCGCCAAAGACUCUGUGGAGGGAAUUUGCACGAAGAUCUACCAGCUCUCUGUAGACUAUAGCCGCCGGCUGAGGCAGAUGCAUCUGAAUCUGCUGCAGGACCCCCCCACAGAGGCAAGUGCGUCCCCCCAGGAGUCCAGGUUGGUCUACUGCUACCCGGUGCGUCUGGCGAUCCCCUCACCAGCCCUCCCCCGAGUCGAGCUGCACUUUGAGAACGACAUGGCCUGUCUACGCUUCAAAGGAGAGAUGGUCAAAGUCAACAGGGGUCACUUCAGCAAACUGGAGCUGUUGUACCGGUACAGCUGUAUAGACGACACUCGCUUUGACAAGUUCCUGUCCAGAGUCUGGUGCCUCCUCAAGAGAUACCAGGCGAUGUUUGGCAGCGGCGCUAACGAGGGGACGGGUCUGCAGGGGGCGCUGCCGGUGUCGGUGUUUGAGGCGUUGAUUCGACAGUUUGGGGUCUCCUUUGAGUGUUUCGCGUCGCCGCUCAACUGCUACUUCAAACAGUUUGGCUCCGCCUUCCCCGACGUCGACGGCUUCUUCGGAUCCAGAGGGCCCUUUCUGUCCUUCAGUCCCGUCAGUGGCUCGUUUGAAGCCAACCCCCCGUUCAGUGAAGAGCUGAUGGACUCCAUGGUAGCGCACUUUGAGGCGCUUUUGAACAAGUCCUCGGAGCCUCUGUCCUUCAUUGUCUUUGUCCCGGAGUGGCGUAACCCCGUGACCCCGGCCUUGACGCGCAUGGAGGCCAGUCGAUUCCUCCGUCACCAGCUAAACAUCCCGGCCUUCGAACACGAGUAUCGCUCCGGGAGUCAACACAUCUGCAAGAGAGAUGAAAUGUACUACCGGGCAGUGCACGGCACUGCUGUACUCUUCCUCCAGAACGACGCCGGUUUUGCCAAGUGGGGGCCGACUCCGGAACGUCUGGCCGAGCUGAUGGCAGCGUACCGCCCCUCACAACCCGCCUCCCUUUCCUCGGCGGGCCCCGCCCCUAAUACACCUGGAGAAAAAGACUCCACCCCCAAGGCCGCUGAAAGGACGCAGAGUGGGGUGAUGUCACCUGUUACUAGUGACGAUAACAACAACACAAAUAGCAACACCACCCGCCCCACCAACACCAACAACAGUUGUAGUAGUAGUAGCAGCAGCAGCAGCACCAGUCCACAAGAGAAGAUGGCGGCUGUGUAAACUGGGCGGGAUUUGGAUUGCCGCCAUGUCCCUUCUGUGUAAAGUUUCUGUUUUUCAUCGUCAUAUUGUCCCUCACCAGCACCUGUAGCAUCUGUCCACAUCAGUCGAUCCUUUCACCGUCCCCUCACAUGAGCUUUUCUGAUUGGUCGCAGCGGUGACAUCAAAAGUGAUUCACCUCAAGUUGUGACCGCUGCAGUUGCCCAGCAACAGGAAGCCUGUUUAGAUAAUGUAGUUGAGCUCCAGCAAUAAAGCCCUUUUCACUCUCCUGUGAUGUCACUGGAAGACUUCAGAUUGGUCCCCAACACCGACAGGCCUUGGUGAUUGGUUGACGAGGCAGCUAUCAUUUCUAUUGGACUCGUCGUUCCUCGUUGAGAAGGAGAAGUCUACGGGUCCCGCCUCCUCUGUGGGGUUGGACCAAUCGACGAAUGUCCUUCAGAGGAUGAACCCGCGAAUCCCGUGGUGCAUUGUGGGUAACUCAUUGGACAGCGUUUGCAGUGAUGUCAUAGUCACUGCCAGUCUGAACUGAGACUCUAACCUGGGAAUCGGACUGACGUCGCGUCACACUUCCUGUGUUGUUGUUGUUGUUGUUAGCAACCAGGCAGUGUGACCAGAGACGUGACGGGUGUUUGUCACCAGGUGGCGGUGACGUAGAGUUGGGAAAUGUGAGAAGUUAUUUUAGGGUUCCUGAUCAGUCUUUAUUCACUAGACCCUGUUUACCACCUAAAGCGGCUUUAUUUCCCAAUGUGUCAAUAUGCUUUAAAGAAAUAUAUUUUU